GAGAAAAAGGCCAUUGGGCCAGAAGUGAACAAGGCCCAAUUAUGGGUUCAAUGGUCGUUUGGGCCGCAUAAAACAAUAUUUAGCAUAGAGGCUAAAGUCAAAGUAUAUAGAAGAGAAAAAAAUAUAUAUAACAUGUUCAUCAUGAAAACUUCAACGGUCCAAUGAUCUCCCGACCAAAGUUGAGCUCAUAUGCAACAAACACAAAUAAAUAUAGAUUUAUAUGUAUUAUCAAGGAUUAAAACUAUAUAUAGGUUUGAAAAAAAUGGGCACGACGUGAUAGCAUCAAAGUCAUCUAUUUCAAGACGUGAUCAGCCUAAAGACCAAAAGAAAAUAUCAAAUAUUACCCAACUUUUGUGUUUUUCCUCAACCUCAUAAACCCCCCCAAUCCUCCUCACUCUUCCCUAUCCUCUUCAUUUUUCCCAAUCAUCAAACACAAGAUUAGAGUUCGAUUCUCCAAAGAAAAUAUGGUAAGUUCCUACAUUUAAUCUUCUGAUGUAGAUGAUGAUGAUGCAUUGAUUCUGUUUAUGUUCUGAUUGUCAACAUGUGAAAUUUAUAUGUGGAUGGUGUGGUUGAAUAUAUAUGGUUUUGUGUUAUUUGGUUUUGGAAGUGUAACACAUGAAUAGGUUUCAUGUAUAUAUUGACUUCAUUAAGAAUGAUGUUGUGGACAUAUGGUUUAUAUGCUAUGAUCCUAAAUCACAAUCUAAGUUUUAUGGUAACUGGUUAGGAAGAUGUAUAGAAUGGAAACAGCUUAAUAUAUAAAUAAAUGACUACGUGUGUGUGUGUGUGUGUUGUGCAGGCUAAUUCAGCGUCUGGGAUGCAUGUGAAUGAUGAAUGCAAGAUUAAGUUCUUAGAGUUGAAAGCAAAGAGGACUUACAGGUUCAUUGUGUUCAAAAUUGAUGAGAAGGCACAGCAAGUGCAAAUAGAAAAGCUUGGGAAUCCAGAAGAAACUUACGACGAUUUUACCAGCUCUAUCCCCGAUGACGAAUGCCGAUACGCUGUCUACGAUUUUGAUUUCACCACAGAGGACAAUUGUCAGAAGAGCAAGAUCUUUUUCAUCGCGUGGUCACCUGAUACAUCGAGAGUUCGGAGUAAGAUGUUGUAUGCAAGCUCAAAAGACAGGUUCAAGAGAGAAAUGGAAGGAAUUCAAGUUGAAUUGCAAGCAACUGAUCCUAGUGAGAUGAGCCUUGACAUCAUCAAAGGACGACUCAAUCUCUGAGCAACAACAACAUUCUAAUGCAUCCUUUAUUCGUUUCAAAUUGUUAAGCUUUAACAUGCCAUUUUCUUGGACCAUUUCUGCUUUUGCUUGUCCGCUAUAUUACAUUUUGUGUGGAUUCAAUGUCUUUAAAUUGUUUUGUUUUUCACAAGAAAGAAAAAAAAGAAUGAUAAUUAUUUUGCAAAGA